AUGUUGGGAGGGGCGAAGUUCUUCUCGACCUUGGACCUUGAAUCCGGAUUUUACCAAAUCCGGAUGGCUAGGGAAGACCGGUGGAAAACCGCCUUCCGUUCCGUCCUGGGAUUGUUCGAGUAUAAAGUGAUGCCCUUCGGCUUGAAUGGAGCGCCUGCGACAUUUCAAGCAAACAUAAACACAUACCUGCAACCCCUUUUAGGACAGGGAGUUGUAGCCUACCUAGACGAUAUCCUGAUUUAUAGUCCUGAUCUACCUGCACAUGUGACCUUACUAGGAAAAGUGUUGCAAAUGCUACUCCAGCAUCAAUUCUACCCUAAAUUCUCCAAGUGGGUUUUUGCUAAGCAGGAGCUCACCUAUUUGGGGUACACUAUCAGCUCUGAAGGCAUCAAGCCAGCUGCAGACAAAGUCGAAGCUAUCCGGGAAUGGCCAGAGAUCCUGAACAACGAAACGCAAGUGAGACAGUUCCUGGGCACCGUCAACUAUUGUCGGAUGUUUAUGGGCCCAUCCUACGCAGCUGUCACACGACCAUUAGUUGAACUAACUCGAAAGGGAGCGAAAUUUCAAUGGACUGAAGCACACACACAAGCAGUGCGACAACUUAAACAGAAGCUUACCGACUAUACGACCUUACAAAUUCCAGACACGUCCAAGCCCUUCGACUUAUAUACGGACGCCUCCGAAUACGCCCUGGGUGCCGUUCUUCAACAAGAAGGAAGGCCGAUUGGGUUCCUGAGCCAAACCAUGACACCGGCACAGCAGAAGUACUCGAUCAAGAGCUACUGGCUCUUGUCACUGCCCUAG